UUUUUAUUUUGUCACAUGACACCAGCCCCACAGGUCUGUCAAGCUAGUGCACUGCGUUGAGGAAGCAGGAACAACUGCGAAGAAGAAGACGAAGAAGAAACCUGCAGCGAGACACAAGUGGGCAACUUCUGAGAGAUGGCUGGGUCGACACUGUUUCUGGUGUUAUGUGCCUGUGUUUUGGGGUUUUACCAUGUGGAAGCAGCAGCCGAUACCCUGAGCUCUCUGGACUCUUCUUUCUGUCAUGAGAAGCUAGAGGUCAUCUAUCCACAACUGGACAUUGACAAAUGCCUCGUAAUUCCAAAGGACAUGAAACUCAGAGAAAUGAUCAGCACCGUUUGGAAAGCACCGCAGAUUUACUUCCCUGGAGCCAAUGAGAAAAAUAAGUAUGUCCUGGUGAUGGUUGAUCCUGAUGCUCCGAGCCGCUCCAAGCCCACAUCUGCUUACUGGAGGCACUGCCUGGUGGUGGACAUACAGACAGCUGCCCCCAUAUGGAAGCCAAAAACAAUUUCCCAAAGGCCAGACGAACCAUAGCUAGCUUCAUUGUGAGAACAAAGAACCAUUGGUAUUAUUCA